AUGGGGUCCCAACGGCUGGGCCCCAGGACACACUACGAGGGGACGGCGGGGGCAGCCUGCCGACUCGGCAGCGGAGGCCCAGCGGCCGGUUUGCCGGCGCGUUGCCAUAGCAACGGCCGGGCCAGCUUCGGCCCCGGGGCCCGCCCGCCCUUCCCGCGGGGGCCCGUCCUGCCCCGCGACGCCAGGGGCCACUCACCCGGGCCCGCGGGCGGGCUGGCUUCCGACUGGCGCGCACACUCCGCCCCGGCGGUAGCCGAGCCCGGAAUUCCGCACCUGGAGAAACUUUUCGGCCGGCGGGGCAACCGCAAGGAGGUGGACGGGGGCCGCCUGGGGACAAAGUGCGUCGGCCGGCGCGAAGCCCUUCUCCCCGCAGCUGGGCUGUCAAGGAGGGAGACCCCCGGGUGCGCUCAGGGGCGUCCCCGCGAGCAGCUCCUCCUAGAGAUGGACCUGAGAACCCUGUCUCAGGGACAGAGAAGCAGACACGUUUUACAGGAAAUUAAACCUUUAUAG